GACUAUCGAUUGACCCCGCGUCUGAAUACAAGACCAUGCAAAUGACGAAGCCUAUUCUUGGUAUACUCUCCUUUAUUUGAAUGCAUUUAUUACCACCUGUUGAUAAUCGACUUAUCGGUGCUCUGCUACUUCCAUUACUUGUAUAAGCAUCUUGAAAUUGGCAAAGUUACGUCUCAUUUUACAUCGCUGCUCACUAUGGCAUUAAUUGAGACCUUCCAUCUCUCGCAUCUACCCUCCUCGUACGCUGUUCACGCUGCCCUAUACCGUGAUGUUCAGAAUGCAUCAUUUCUUCGCCAGCAGCUCUUGAGCGGAAACACUGAGUUUGAAUAUGCCUUUCUUGACGCCACAUCGAUUAUCUCUACGAUGCAUGCUCUAGCGGCAGCAUUCCGCGCGACAAAUGAUUUCAUGAACAAUCGGCUGAGGAGCCGCAAUGUUCAUUCGGAGACAGUAUUUUGCCUCAGUCCAAAUAACAAUAUUGCGGAUUCUUUUCGUCGUUUUGGCGUGAACGAUACUACCACGAAUCUUCUCGUCAUCAAGAUCUGUACUGGAGGCGAAAUCACGACUGACGGUGUGCGGACCCAUUUGUCAAGGGCAGUCGACGGUGCAGCUGUGCCCUUUAUUGAUGAAUCACUUCGAAGCAUGACGGAUCUGGCCAAGAUAAAGAAGAUCUAUAAAAUAGGAACUUCCAACAAUGUCGGCAGUGCCGGAAAGAGGAACAAAUCCGAUAUUUCACCGACCGGAAGUCAAAUGGUUCUCAAUGGGAACCAGGCCGAAUUGAAGGAGAGAAAGGAAUUAGAGGUAGCGAUACUUGGCCUGAUGGCUCUAAGGGGGGCCACUUGAUCUACUGGCCAUUCCUUGCAUAUUCAUAUAGCAUUUCCAGGCGAAAGGGGCUCGGCGUUAUUUAAGGCUAUAUCGGGAUGUUAAGCAUGGAGAUAUAUGUUGGCAAAUCUCUACCUCUAACACUUUCAGUCAUCCACAAACUCUUUAGUAUGAGACACUGGGAAAUCUUCCACGGUAUCGGUCGUUAAGACCGUUCAACGGAAACACUAACAUUGGACAACGAAAAUUAUAUGUUAGAAGGCUCUUGUGCGCUUC